AUGGGUGAAUUUCUUGUGGAUGCAACAGUGUUUGAAGAUAAGAUGGGAGAAAGUGCCGCUUCCAAUUCUUCUUUGCAAGUGUCUGUCUCCUUUGGGAGAUUUGAGAAUGAUUCCUUGUCUUGGGAGAGAUGGUCUUCUUUCUCUCCGAACAAGUACUUAGAGGAAGUUGAGAAGUGUGCUACACCUGGAUCAGUGGCUCAGAAAAAAGCUUAUUUUGAAGCCCAUUACAAGAAGAUUGCUGCCCGGAAAGCCGAAUUGCUAGCUCAGGAGAAGCAAAGGGAGAAAGAUUCUUUCAGAUCAGAAGAUCAAGAUGGAAUAGAUCUGGGUGGUAACACUGAUGCAGAACUUGAUAUAUCCAACACUCAAGGUUUCGAUGAAGGGGUUACGCAAGAAACCAGUUCUGUUGGUGAGAUCCAUAGGACCCAUGUUAAUGAUUCUGAGGAGGAAGUUGCAGUUUCAAGAGAUUACCAAAGUUCACCAGCUGAGGCGGAGACCAAGGAACUGGAAAGUAGAUCCCAUAGUCCCUUCCAGAUGGAGGAACCUGAAGAUGCAUGCAUGAAACAGGAAGAAAGUCUUAACAUUGAAGCUGAAGAUGUGAAGGAAAUUUCCCACGUUGUGUACAGGGAGACAGGAAAGGCUUCAGAAGUUGAAGCAAAAGAUGUGAAAUUGGAUCAUACAAAGGAAUCGAAGGUUACCGCUGUGAAUAAGGGCAGCAAUGCAGCCAAGACAAAGAAGAAAUCAAUGCUACCUACUUCUAAGGCAUCCCAGAGUUCCACACCAAGAAGUUCAAAGCCUGCAUCAACUCCUACCAAAACGGCAACCCCUGCUUCUUCAACUAAAAAGGGAAGUUCUCCAUCUUUGACUAGGAGGCAAAUUACUUCUAGAGGGGAGAGCAGAAAAUUUGCUAACAAACCUUUGCACAUGUCUCUGAGCUUGGCUCCAAGUAAUCCUGAUCCUGCUCCUCAAGCUACCAUGAGGAGAUCUUUAAUCAUGGAGAAAAUGGGGGAUAAGGACAUAGUCAAACGGGCAUUUAAGACAUUCCAGAACAGUUUCAACCAGCCAAAAACUUCCGGUGAAGACAAAUCUUUGAUGAAGAAGCAGGUUCCUUCAAGGGGGACCGUGUCAAAGGUUUCAACAUCUACAGUUUUGAGGAAAGAAAAUGGACGGCCAACUAAGGUUGAGCAUGUGGAUAAAAGUGGAAAUGCUGUACGAACUACUUUGGGCCCGAAAAGUGACAUCACAUCAGAGAAAGGAAAAGAGUCUUCAAGAAAAAUAGAGGAAAAAUCUAAUGCAAAAGAAGAAGGAAGAAUGCGUCUUCAAUCAAAAGUAAAGGAGGAAAAAGUGGCUGACAUGAAAAGGCUAAAACAUAAUGUCAAAGGCACAUCCACGCCAGCUGUUUACCGUGGUCAAAAAGUAGUAAAAAGUCGUCCAGAAAAGUUGAAGCUGAAACUUGUGUUCACUGGAGUCUGGUGGUUGUUGACAAGAAAGGGAGAUCUUUGUAAUCUAGUUGUUUUGCUUGGCUUUCUUGUUCACAUUAUACAUUCUAAUAGCAUUCCUAGGAGUGUCACUAAGAAUGGCUGGGUGAUGCUAAAAUUCAAUGCUAUGAUAUUCAUGUUUGGUAAGCAACAGUGGAGCAACCUCCCCAUUAAAUGGGAGCUUAUGAACAUUGUGAGGAGUUGGAGGAAGGAGUAG